UGUCAAAAUAUUUGGUGGUUUAGGUGAUACCUGUUACUGUAAUUGCAAAAAAGGUGACUGAAGGAGAUGAAGUAAAAGAAGAGUGCUAAAGAGAAGUGCAAAAUGGAGGCAGUGCAAUUUGAGAUGAAUAAACAGAUGUCAGAACCUUCAACAACUGGGAUUCAAACUGAAGUCUGCGAUCUUUGUAUAAAUCAUGACAUGCUGUUCAGCAAUUGGGAGGCAUCAGACUUCCCUCCAAGCAGGGUCCGAUAUACUAAAUUAAAGGAAGAACUGAUAGCAAUUAUGGCCUUGGGUGAAGAAAGGUCCAUUGAGUUCUCAGUAGCUUCUGACGGUGAUGUAAACGUGGAGGACGAGGCUGGGAGGUUAAAGAAAGAGAUGGAUAUCACCAUACAGGAAGUUGAAGAAUCAUUCAAAGCAAUAUGA